AUGAAGUUUUUCUUCUACAUUUUCCUUCAACAUAUGUUUGUUGUCUAUGUGUUAUUUUUUUUCGCAACUUGGUGUGUGCGAGAACAACCUUUUCCAUCAUCUGGCUUUAACCCUAGAGGUGUGUUCCCCAUUGACAUCCCUACAGUCCCUUAUCAACUCACAGACAUCUACACAUUAAUUUUAAAAGACUCGAAUAUAAGUUAUACUGGAAACAGACAAGAGAAUCAGAUAGAAAGUUCCGUACCACCCACACAAAUACAAAUGAACCAAACCUCAUAUCAAAAUGCACCGUCAACUAUCCCCGGAUGGAACGACCUCCCUGAGACAGUGGUGGCCAACAAACCGAAAACAAAAAGGAAACGCCCCGUGCAUGUGUCACACAUAGACCAAACCAAUGCAACACAGAAGACUUCCAUAGGAGUUCCCCUGAAAACACCCCCAAUACCACCCAACACUAAAUCUAAAUAA